CUCGACCGGGUUUACCAGGCACAGAGCCAUGUUCAGAACCGAGUCUGUCCCGAACCUCCUGAAAAGAACCCCGUGUCACCUUCAGCGGCCGGGCUUCACCGCGCCGCCCCCCCCCCACUUGCCUCCCCCGAGACACGGCGCCCUCUCGUCACCCUAGAUCUCCAGGACAGGAUCCUCAGCGAGCCCCUGAAGCACUCCGACUUCUUCAGUGUCAAGGAGCUGUUUUCCGUGAGAAGCCUCUUCGAUGCCCGAGUGCACUUGGGACACAAAGCGGGCUGUCGGCACAGGUUUAUGGAGCCCUACAUCUUCGGGAGCCGCCUGGAACACGACAUCAUCGACCUGGAACAGACAGCCGCACACCUGCAGCUGGCCUUGAACUUCACAGCCCACGUGGCCUACCGCAAGGGCAUCAUCUUGUUCGUGGGCCGAAACCGGCAGUUCUCCCACCUGAUCGAGAGCACCGCCCGGGCCUGUGGCGAAUACGCCCACACCCGCUACUUCAAGGGCGGCCUGCUGACCAACGCCCCCCUGCUCCUGGGCCCCAGCGUCCGCCUGCCAGACCUCAUCAUCUUCCUGCACACGCUCAACAAUGUCUUCGAGCCUCACGUGGCCGUGAGAGACGCAGCCAAGAUGAGCAUCCCCACGGUGGGCAUCGUGGACACCAACUGCAACCCCUGCCUCAUCACCUACCCCGUGCCCGGCAACGAUGACUCGCCCCCGUCCGUCCAGCUCUUCUGCAGGCUCUUUCAGACGGCCAUCUGCCGGGCUAAGGAGAAGCGGAGGCAGGUCGAGGCCCUAUACCGACUGCAGGAGCAGGCGGAGGCCCGGGGCCCGGGGCCCGCCGACCCCCCGCCCCCAGGAACACAGGCCAGGCUGGAUGUGGGGCGUCCCCAUGACGUGUCCACUCUCUUCCCAAAUAAAAGCCAGCUUUGUCCCUAAAGGAA